CCAGAUAGGCCGGAGGAGCGUGGGAGAGAGCGGGCGGCCUUGCCCGGUCUCCGCCCGCGGGCGCCCCACCCGGAACCCGGCGAGCGCGCGGGCGGGGAGGCAAGCGCGCCGAGCUGGCGGGCGGCCCCGCGGCCCCCGGCCCCCCAGCCAUGUCGGCCGAGGAGAUGGUGCAGAUCCGCCUGGAGGACCGCUGCUACCCGGUGAGCAAGAGGAAGCUCAUCGAGCAGAGCGACUACUUCCGCGCCCUCUACCGCUCCGGCAUGCGCGAGGCCCGUGGCCAGGAGGCCGGCGGCCCCGAGGUGCAGCAGCUGCGCGGCCUCAGCGCGCCGGGCCUGCGCCUGGUGCUGGACUUCAUCAACGCCGGCGGGGCCCGCGAGGGCUGGCUGCUGGGCCCGCGGGGAGAGAAGGGCGGGGGUGCGGCCGAGGAGGAGGAGAUGGACGAGGUGAGCCUGCUGUCCGAGCUGGUGGAAGCGGCCUCCUUCCUGCAGGUCACGUCCCUGCUGCAGCUGCUGCUGUCCCAGGUGCGGCUCACCAACUGCCUGGAGCUGUACCGCCUGGCGCAGGUGUACGGGCUGCCGGACCUGCAGGAGGCCUGCCUGCGCUUCAUGGUCGUCCACUUUCACGAGGUGUUGUGCAAGCCCCAGUUCCACCUCCUGGUGGGGUCUCCUGCUCAAGCCCCGGGGGAUGUCAGCCUGAAACAGAGGCUGAGGGAGGCCCGGAUGACUGGAACUCCUGUCCUCGUGGCCCUGGGGGAUUUCUUGGGGGGACCCUUGGCCCCUCACCCCUAUCAGGGGGAGCCCCCGUCCAUGCUCAGGUAUGAGGAGAUGACUGAACGUUGGUUUCCGCUGGCCAACAACCUUCCCCCCGACCUGGUGAAUGUCAGGGGUUAUGGGUCUGCCAUCCUGGACAACUACCUCUUCAUAGUGGGCGGGUACAGGAUCACGAGCCAGGAGAUCUCCGCGGCGCAUUCCUACAACCCCAGCACCAACGAGUGGCUCCAGGUGGCCUCCAUGAACCAGAAGAGAUCUAACUUCAAACUUGUGGCCGUUAAUUCAAAACUCUAUGCCAUCGGCGGGCAGGCUGUUUCUAAUGUUGAGUGUUACAAUCCCGAGCAGGAUGCGUGGAAUUUUGUGGCACCCUUACCAAACCCUCUGGCCGAGUUCUCCGCCUGUGAGUGUAAGGGGAAAGUUUACGUCAUCGGAGGGUACACGACCAGAGACCGGAACAUGAACAUUUUGCAGUACUGCCCCUCUUCCGACGUGUGGACGCUCUUUGAGACGUGUGACGUGCACAUUCGCAAGCAGCAGAUGGUGUCUGUGGAGGAGACCAUCUACAUCGUGGGCGGGUGUCUCCAUGAACUGGGGCCCAACCGGAGGGGCAGCCAGAGCGAGGACAUGCUGGCCGUGCAGUCCUACAACACGGUCACGCGGCAGUGGCUCUACCUCAAGGAGAACACGUCCAAAUCGGGCCUCAACCUGACGUGCGCGCUCCACAACGAUGGCAUCUACAUCAUGAGCAGGGACGUCACCCUGUCCACCAGCCUGGAGCACCGGGUCUUCCUCAAGUACAACAUCUUCUCCGACAGCUGGGAAGCCUUCAGGCGGUUCCCAGCCUUCGGACAUAACUUGCUAGUUUCCUCUCUUUAUCUGCCCAAUAAAGUGGAAACGUGACUGAACCAACCUAGUAUUUAAAAGACACUUGGUUCAAGACAAAAAAAAAAAUCAUCCACAAAAAAAGCGUGUCCCAUUUCAAGGGAGACUGAUUUCUAAAGGGAAACUGUGGGUUAAAAAGUAGGUCACUAUACAAUAGCUGUAAACAAGCUGACUUGAACUAAUUACUUGAAAACUUGUGGAGAGAAGAGACCAACUUUAUUAUUUUUUAAAUUAUUGGCUUUUAGAUUACGGGAACAAAUCCAUGAUCACGUUUUCAUCCAGAUAUCAUACCUUUAGGCUGGUGACUAAAACGGAUCAUCACAAAGAAUCUUCAUUGUGUCUGCUUAUUAGUAAGGGGCCAACGCCAGCACCUGGCACGGGUGGUGAAGAUGGCUCUAAAAUCUGUUUUACUUGGGUCACUUGACAUAUCAUGAAUACCUUAAGUGAAAGUUUUUUUAUUAUUUACUUGACAAACACUUAUAUUCACACUGUGUUCUCCCCACCUCUCCCCCAGUUAUACCCACAUUUGCUUCCGGUGUGCUGGACACAGGGUUCUGUGUCACAUACUUUGUGUGCACGCUGCCUUCCAGGAAGUGCGCGAUGACGCAGCCGUGCAGUGAAGCCUUGCGAGGAUCCGGUCCUCCCAAAACUUGAUAAAAACAUUCUCAGCUGCUUUUCCAGUCUUUUUUGCAGUUAUGAAUGCUGAGCAAAUAGGCAGAUAUAAUCACUCCCUUCGCUUAUGUGGCAGAUUGCAGAUUUAUGUGGUCAGAUAAGUUGCAUUGCUAGGCAUUCUGUAUUGUUUAAAAGAGGAUAUCAUGUUUAAAAGGAUGGAGAGAUAUAUGUAUAUAUAUAAUUUGUAUAUGUGUCUAUAUAGUUGAUAUAGACAUAUGUAUAUAUAUCAUAUAUAAAAAUAUAUAUGUGUGUAUAUAUAUAAAUUGAGUCUUAAAUUUAAAUUCACAUGAGAAGGGAAAGAAAUACCAAAUAACAAAAACAAUUGCCUUUGAGAGUUACUUUUACUGAAUGUAGUUGACUUAUCAGUUCUUUCAAGAUUUGAAAAAAUAACCUUAUAUUUAGAUCAUGCCUCUUUCUAAUUUAAUGUUAGCCCUGUAAUCCGUGCUUCGCUUUUGCGGGGUACGGCGAGGGGAGCUGUGAGACGCUGGUGCUGGAGAGAGGGCAGGAAGCCCCCACGGAAGUGGAACGGCACGGGGUGGGGGGGUGUUUGUGAAGUUCGAUAAGGAGCUCCACUCGCCUUGGUGGUUAAAUCAAAUGUGUCCUCGUUCAACCACGUGUUUGUUUUCUGUACGUCAGGUCACAGUGGAUAAAAGCUUCUGCCAAUCACAGAUCAGCAUUUCUUUAAACACAUAGGACACAUACUUACAGAUAGUAUAUUUUGAUGGGAAAAACAGUUUCUGAAAUUCUCUCAUCUUUUGUGAUGGAAUCAGUUAAACUGUGUGCUGGAUUCUGUCCUUCUGUUCCCACACUCUGGUUACAGCGUGCCUCACUUUCGGAAAAUUCCACAGACAGACAGACAGACAGUCGUGGCACAUUCACACUAUCACCAGACACGCUCUGAGUGCCUCCAGUCCGCGUUCACGGUGCAGACACAGAAGAGAGGAGUUAACAGAGUUCUUCCAGUCAUCAAAGGAGUCGCUACUGGGUCUCUUUACAACCAUGGUCUCCUCGUGUAUUAAGAAUAGACACAGUCUGGCUGUGUCUAUUUAGAAUAGAGGUCUGGCUGUAAAAAUUUUAUUUGCACACCUUUUCAGGAAUACUACUAAGUGAAAAGUGAGGUAAUCCUUUAUUGUGGAUAUGGAGACAGAUCUUUGUAUCUCGCACCAACUAAUCUUAUCAGUACUCGGAACACUAUUCAAGGGUUUCUAAGCCCAUUUAUUCUUAAAUAGCCUUUAAAAAAACAACAACUCUGAGCUGAAAUCUUCCUGGGAAUGGUACUUUAAUAAGUUUAUAUUCAUUUGUAUUCAUUAUAGAAUUGAAUUUCUAGUGACCUGUAUUCCAUUAUUAAAUAUUACACAUAUUUAAUAAUCUAAUUUAUUUUAGGUAGCAUUAACUUCUGUUGCUACAGAGCUUAACUUUUUAAAGUCUUAACCUUAUGUAUUCAGAAGAUUCUAGCCAGUUGAAGUAGUUCUGUACAAACAAUUGGAGAUAGCUUGUAAAUAACCACAUUGUAUAAAAUGCAGUAUUAGUCCUGCCAGCCAGUUCUCCUCCUGAUUACAUUCUUUGGGUCUGUUUUCCUACUGCCAUCAGCUAGAUCCUUGGACCAAGUGAUGGCAUAUGUUCUAAUGCACAAAGCUCUUUUUAUAAAUCAGGUUUGAUGUGCGUGUGUCAGUGUGUGCAUGUAUCUGUGUGUGCAUGUGUGUGCUGGCGUAGUGUAGCUCUCCCUGAGACACACAGGCUUCUGGGAAGGUUUUGUCGCUCCGGGCAAGGCGGAGGGUGUGCUAGGAGCAGGUCGUGGAUUUGGGGUGUUGUUCUCCCUGCUCUGCUCAUCGGCUGUGUUGACGUUUGGAGGGCUGUUUUCAUCUAGCUCUGUUCCCUUGUCGGUGCCCAUGUUAUAGUGAAGACUCUGCCUAUGUUAAAAGCGAUGUUGCUUUGAAAAGCCUCCCUAAUCCCCCAAGAUUUUGCUCUUUAAUACUAUCCCUCCGUUUUCUCCCUUUCUCUGAAUGUGUUGUCUGUCUUUUCUGGGAUGCCUCUGUGGGGUGCUGACCUUCCACUAUGGGGAGGGGAGUUCUGGGAGGAACCCCCGUGGUGGCCACCCUGCCAGAAGCCCCCUGUUUACCUAGAAUGGUCUGGACAGCAGACAGUGAGUCUUCAGCUUGGGUUGGCGGGGGGACAGGAUGUGGUUAUUGGUUCUUUCAUUCUUUCUGAUUUUCUUUUCUAUGCCUCUAGUGUCAGAGGCCUCUCCCUUUAGUGUUCUUUGAAAGGUUUUCUAAUGAACCUGUAAGAUUUGAUUAUUUCAGCAGUGUCAGGUAAGUCAUAGCAAUGAAGUACUGUGAAGGUUAUGGAUACUAGUACAAAGCAAGUAGAUUAAGCCUGAACACCAAAGAGUUGGACUCUGCCAUUUCUUUGAACCAAAAUCCCAAGUAAUUCCAAAUGCCUUAAGUACCAAAAGUCCUACUGAGAUGGGGUACGUGGAAUAUAUGCACUCUUUCUCCACAGAAGGAGUAAUCAAGGAAAUGCUCGUUCUCCUUCAGUAAACAAUUACUUAUUGAGCAUCGUGGAUGCCAUGUUUUCAGAUUUCCAGGUUCAAGUCAUGACUCUACUUGUCCGGUGGUGCAGAUUGAUCGAAUUGAAAGGCCUUGGCCUUCCUGGUCAACCAGCAUUUAAUGAGCAGUGGAUUGAUGCAGAGCAUUCGAGAGCUAGUGUAGCAGCAGAAAGGUAACGUGGCUGAGUGUUGGGCCUUCCUCCUAGCCAGAGGUGGGGCAUACAUGACAUCCGUGUCAUCAUUCUUUCAAGGUGGCAUUAUGAAUGAGUGGCACACCUUUCCUCUGUGCCAGGAAUAGCUCUCAGAUUCCAUUACCAGCUCGUCAGAGAGGUGAAGUAUUUGUCAUCCCUGCCUUAGACAGACAAGUGAAUGAAUUAGGUGAGUAGAUACCACCCACAAUGGCUUUAGAAGUAAUGAGGGGAUUUAGCUCAGCUCCCUGGUUCCCAGAAAUAUUUUCUGCAUGUCUGUCACAUGCAAGAAGGCAAGGUUAAGAACCAAGGACACAUAUAAAUAAGCCACCAUCCCUGACCUUGAAGAGCUUACCACUUUGUGAAAGUGUUCACCAUAAUUGUAACUAGAGUGUCCUUCAGAGAUGCCCAGGUGUGUCAGGCACACGGGCUCUCUGGUUUGACACCCUCUUCAAGCCUAGUUCAUCUGUCCAUUUGUGAUCUGUCAUGUACCCGCUUUUCUCUAAACUUGAACAUCAUGUUUUUGUCUUUUAUGAUGUGCUUUUUUCCUCACUACAUUUCAUAGUCUUCUCUGUACUUAUUUUUUGGGGGACGAGGGGAAUUAUGUGACCUUCUUUAUUUAAAAAUACUUACUAGGCACCACAGCCUAUGUUGCUGAAGGCUCAGCAGCUUGAGCCCUUGAAAAGAAGGAGCAAAAGCAGGGAAGGGAGUGUUGACGGAGAGGCAAGCUGUUUGUAUGUGCGUUUAUACCCAUGCCUUUAAAACACUUCCAUAAAGAAAGUAAGACACUAGUUUGGACCAAAAGUCUGUUGAUUUUGCCUUUGUGUUAACUAUCACAGGGUGUUUUCCCAUCCUUGUUUCACUCACGUGUAUUCAUUCUUCAUUUUCUGUGUUAACUUUGGAGCACGGUAUAAAGUACACACCAGUGGGCACAUGCUGACUUCUGCACUGGACAUAACCAUUUUUAUUCAUUCCUACAGGAGACAGAUUAGAUGUAAAAGAUUCAACUUUGAGGAGCAAAAGUGUGCUGAAAUUACUUCAAUGGGUUGGCUGGUGCUUUCUCCCAUGGAUGUCCUAGUUUGUUAUUCGUUAAAAAAGGAAAAUGUAAAAUGUAAUUGUUGUCAUUUUUCUUCUAAAAAAUCUUAUAGGGGCUCUUUAGAUGUCUCUACAAUGUUUUCAUAUCUAGUGGUCAUUUUUGGAAAAAUGAUAAUUUGUAGAAUAAAUAGUUAUGUUUUGUUAUGACUGCUACAUUGUUAAAAAGAUUGUAUUGAGUCUUCAGUUUCAAGUGUGGCUUAAAAUGUAAACAUUAUCAUAUGGUUCAUUUAAAUACAAUGAUGUCUAUGAAGCACUUGCUCAACCAGCAUCCAUUUUGUGUUUAGAACUCUAGAAGAAAAUGUCUUCAAAUAAAGUAGUUCUAAAUCAG